UUCAGUAUCGCGUGCAUUUCUUUCCAGAUUUAGCAGGAAAAUGCUGUGGUCAGCUAACGAUGAGCUUCAACAGUACCAUGUCUACACUUGUCUUGGCGAACGCAAUUUGGAACUAGCCCGACUAGAAACUACACUUUUGCGGGAAAGAUAUUCAGAGAGAUAUGUGCGGGUAGUCAAAAAAUUAGUGGAGCUCAAUGAAAUCCUAAACCGUAGAUUGAAUAUCGACGCCGACAAUAUUCGAAAUGUGAUUCAACAGGAUGCUUUCUUGCAAAUUCCGUGCGAUGUAAUGAAGAAAAUAGUUGUACAACUGGAAGAAACGAAUUUUGGAAAACAAAACUGCUUGAAUUUAUUGUUGCGGAAGGUUGUAUCUCUUCAAGAAAAUUAUCGGUCGCUUUUGAUGAAAAUUUUUACUCGCAAAAUUGAACUAGAAACCAACGAUCCGAAGAACUCAAAGGAUUACAUCCCAACAAAGAUUACCGCAUUACACAUAACCCGCCAUGAGCAAUCGUUGCGAAGUGUGCAAAAUCUUCGAAAUUAUUUUCAAAGAUUAAAAAACCGAAUAUUCAAGGACAACCUCUACAAUGAUCAGGCACUGGCAUCGCUACGAAAGGCUCUACACGAACAGCUGGUGCUGAUACGCAAAACAAUAGUUAUUGGCCGCCCCGUUAUUAGCAAUGUGGCCACAUUGACCAAGAAUUUGAAUAAAUUAACAGUUGCCUUUGCUACAAGCCGCGAUACAAAUGUAAAAAUGUUAACGGAAUACAAAUCGAUUAUGAUGAAAGAACGAUCGGCAAUAGUAAAUGCCAGCAUGGAAGAGGUGAAUGCUAAGCGAUGGUCUACACGUUAUAUAUCCAUUACACCAAGCAUGGAAACAAUGAAACAGCUAGAGGAUAAUUUGCACGAGGUCAUAGAAAAUCUUAAACAAAAUUGUUUCACUGCUGAUGAAGGAUACAUUAAUUUCCAAAUAAGCGAAAAAAAUCGACGAACAGUACUAAUGGAAGAUGAAAUUAACGAAAAGGAUCUGUCCAAGAGAAUAUUUUUGGAAGACAUUGAAAAUGCGGCAUUUCUUACACUCGGGAACAAGGCUGUACUAAGCAAAAUAUUACCUUCGAACACAAAUCACGAGCUCGAAGAUGAAACACGAAGGAAAAAUUCCUUGCUGAACUCAUUAACCAGUCUGAAAUCCUGGCAUAUGCUUCUGGAUGAUUUCUUUUCGGGAAUUCUGAAAUCAGUUUGCAACACACAUGACUAUGAAGAGAGAACGGUCCCGACCGAGAGCAGAGAGGAAAUAGUGUUAACGACAUUGUGCAACCUCCUUUCAGCAUUGAAAUAG